AUGAUUUUUAAUAUUAUUUUUAUAUUCUUUAUAUAUAAUAAAUUUUUUAUCAAUACAAUUAAUAUAAAUAAUAAUUUAAAAGAUAAUUUGAAAAAUAAUAAUAAUAAUUUAAAUAAUAAUUUGAAAGAUAAUUUGAAUGAAAUAUUAUUAGAAAAACAAAAAUUUAUUGGAAAUAAUAAAAAAAUUAUUAAACUAUUUAAUCGCAAUAAUUCCUCCGUUACGGUGUCAGGUCCACCAGACAGUACUACUACCCUUGGAAAGGGAGCUAAUUUUACCCUUAUGGAGUGUACCCUGGGAAAGGGAGCUAAUUUUACAGCCAUGGAGUGUAAUACUGAGGAAACUCCUAUCGGGGUUGGUGGUACUGUUGGCCGUGGACCUUACACCGUAACGGAAGGAUUAGAAAGAAAAAAAAAUAUAUUAAUGAAAUUUGGAAAUACAUUAAAUAAAUAUGAUACUACAACUACUUAUAGUCCUAAUUAUCCCAAUACUCCUAACAGUACUGGAGGUUCUACUACUACUACUUAUAGUCCUAAUGGUAUGGGUACUAAUGGAACUGGAUAUGGAUAUGAUCAAAUGGGACAACCUCAACAACCCAUGGCACCAAAUACUAUGGCAUCAAAUCCUAUGGGACAAUCACAACCAGUUAAUCAACCUAUGGAUCAAGGAAUGGUAUCCAAUCCUAUGACACAACCUGUAAAUCAACCUAUGGUACAACCUAUGGAUAAUUCAAUGGUACCAAAUCCCAUGAAUCCUAUGGGUAAUCCUAUGAACCCUAUGAAUUCUAUGGGUAAUCCUAUGAAUCCUAUGAAUCCUAUGACUAAUGGUACUGAUAGUAUGAAUCCUAUGAUGCAACCAUAUCAAAAUGUACCAGAAGGAUAUCCUAAUCCAAAUUAUAUACCACAACAAAAUAUGAAUAAUAAUGAAAAAGAUAUACAUGAUAAUAUUUAUUUUACAAUUUGUAAUUAUUUUUUCCAUAUGAGUAGUUACAGCAGCAAUUCAUUUUUCUUUCCGGAAUGUUCAAAACCUACAAAUUCAAUACAAAAUCAAUCAAUAAAUACACCAAUACCACAACAAUAUUGUAAUACAUAUUCUAACAAAUUACCCAAUCUUAAUUAUAUACCUUUAGUACUUAGUUCUUUAGUUAGUUAUAGUACUUACGGGGUCCUAGUUAGUUCCAUACACUGUAAUGGAAUAAUUAGUGAAUUUAAGAUGAAUGAUAAUAAAUGGUUAUUAAUUAAAGAAAAUAAUUUAAUUUGUUUAACAAGAAGUCAACCUGUUGAUACAUUUCAAUUUAUUGAAUUUAAAGAUAAUUUUUGUAAUAAAUUUUUCUUUUCAAGUCAAAUUUUAUUGGUAUUCCAUUACGGUGCUUGCUAUAUACCCCUCCGGGGCUCCUAUAGUUAUCCUAGUUAUACACUACUAGUUAUCUACUGUAUUUAUACCCUUAGUUAUAUACCUAGUUACCUAGUAGGAUUAGUUAUUUAUCCCCUUUGGGGGUUAAAUGAAAAUAGUAUUGGUGGAUUAAUGAUAAGAUGUAAUGAAAAUCAAAGAACAUUAAUUGAAUUAAAUUCAUUAAUUAAAACAAUAUCACUCAAAUUAUUCAAUCAACAACAUAUUAUCACAUUAUUAGAAAUUCCAUAUUUGACUAGUGUAGAGUACUUAAGACUAGAUUACUCCUUAACUACUCUACUAGACUCCUUAGACUAUUUAUAUAUAAUUGUGUAUAUAAAUGUAUAUUAG